CGGAAACACACGAAGAAGAGAUAAAAACCAGCAGGAGGACACGAUUCACAACACAUGUGUUUAUUAAAAUUAACCAGGUUUUCUUCUGGAAGUCCGCAAAAACGUGCAAAUGGACGAAGCGCUUGUUCGAGCCAAGAUUCCUGGUGACCUGGUGAAGGUUCUCGGUGUUGAGUCUCAGACCAGCUCUAAAGCAGAGGCCUUCACCCAGGCUUUCCUGAAGAACAGCAUCCAGCAGCACACACGCCAUGACCUGAAGACCAUGCUGAGUCACAAGGCUGUGAUCCUGGGCUACGCCAGGCCCAAGAAGGAGAAGAAGAGGAACAGCAAGAAAGCCAAAGGACUGAACGCUCGGCAAAAGAGAGCGAUGAAGAUCUUCCACAUCAAGCCUGAACACCAGAAAUACGAGCUUUUCCUGCCUCUGCAUGACCUCUGGAGACAGUACAUUAUUGACCUGUGCAGUGGAUUGAAACCAACAUGCAGUCCACAGUUUGUGCAGCAGAAGCUUUUGAAAGCAGACUUCCAUGGUGCCAUCAUCACAGUGGUUCGGUCCAAAUGCCCGUCAUAUGUGGGGACGACAGGGAUUCUAGUCCAAGAGUUCAAACAUGUCUUCAAAAUCAUCACCAAAGAGGACAAACUGAAAGUGAUCCCCAAGAGGAACAGUGUGUUUGCAGUGGAGAUCAACGGCUUUGUCUCUCACAUCUACGGGAGCAAGUUCGAGCAGCGAGCCAGUGAACGCUCAGCCAAGAAGUUCAAAGUCAGAGGAACCAUUGACUUGUGAUGGCAGCGAGUGUGAUACAGGAUGCGGUGCAGACAUUCCACACUGACAUGAAGAGACACUUGUAUUGCCCUCUACUGGCCAUCAGAAGGAACUGCAAUGACAGAUUUAUGAAUGUGCAUUGGUCAUUUAUAACAUGAGGUAAAUCACCAAACUGAGAUCAUUCUGAUGAUGUCAAGGCCAUGUAUAAAGGGUCUAACAAAGUGUGUUGCAUUAUGGGAGAGUCAUAAAAAGAGAUGGCUCAUGUAUGGAGAAAAUACUGCUGUCAGAUAGCAGUGGUUGACUUUAUCAGUUUUAGUAUUUAUAAUUUUGUUAUAAUGUACAGUAGAGGCCAGAGAAGAAAGUCUGUCUUCACCUUUUUUUUUGUUUUCAGGAAUUAUCAUGCAGGACUUCUUUGUGCCUUUUUAGAACAGAAAAUGUGAAACAUGGUGGGAUGUGAGCUUUUUCUGCCAGAAUAAAAUAAUAGUGUAAAUGUUGA